CCGCGCUGCCGCUCCCUCCCGGGGCUCCCGGACCGCCGCGCUCCAACGCCCGCCUCUCGCCACUGCCUCCCGACGCCCGGCCGCGCGGCCGCCUGCGUCUCUUUCUCCCUCUCUCCUUUGAAAACUGAUCUUUGGCUCUUAGUGUGAAAGUGAUUUGAAUUUGGCUCGGCGGCGCUCUGCGCCUGCGCUCAGCCUCUGGCAUGCUGGCUCCUUCCAAGCAGCUGUUUUGGGUUUGAAAUUCCAACAUGGCAGAGGCUGCAGUCCGUCUUCCCUUCAAAAACUUGGAAUGAUUUCAAAUCAUAGGCACCUUCACUUAACCCUAGCUUCCAUUCAUCAGCAAACACAUCGGAUCGAUGCUACGCUAACCUAUCGGGAGCUCGCUCCGCGCGUCCAGGUUAAAUGAAUACCUGACGAAAGGGCCCACGUUUCAAGGCAGUGACAUUUGAUAGCUGAGAGGAAAAGUGGCUUUAAUGAAAAGCAACCUUUGGAAUUCCUGCUUGUGAGAAAUCCAAUUCAGCUUUUUGUGCUACCAGCAAGAAAUGAUCAGUAGCACCAGUGUUUAUGGCUUGAAGAUGCAGUGGACGCCGGAGCAUGCCCAGUGGCCAGAACAGCACUUUGACAUCACCUCAACCACUCGGUCUCCUGCCCACAAAGUUGAAGCCUACAGAGGUCAUUUGCAGCGCACCUACCAGUACGCCUGGGCGAAUGAUGACAUAUCUGCUCUGACUGCAUCCAACCUUCUGAAAAAAUAUGCAGAGAAGUAUUCUGGCAUUUUGGAAGGUCCCGUAGACCGACCUGUACUCAGCAAUUAUUCAGACACACCAUCAGGACUAGUGAACGGUCGGAAAAAUGAUAGCGAACCCUGGCAGCCUUCCUUGAAUUCAGAAGCCGUUUAUCCUAUGAACUGCGUUCCGGAUGUCAUCACAGCCAGCAAAGCCGGUGUCAGUUCAGCCCUCCCUCCGGUAGAUGUCUCUGCAAGUAUAGGAAGCUCCCCUGGGGUGGCCAGCAACCUGACGGAACCAAGUUACUCUAGUAGUACCUGUGGAAGUCACACAGUACCUAGUCUUCAUGCAGGGCUCCCAUCUCAGGAAUAUGCUCCAGGAUACAACGGAUCAUAUUUGCAUUCUACGUACAGUAGUCAGCCCACACCUGCACUUCCUUCGCCUCAUCCAUCCCCAUUGCAUAGUUCUGGGCUCCUGCAGCCACCGCCCCCUCCUCCUCCCCCACCAGCCCUGGUCCCAGGCUACAACGGGACUUCCAAUCUCUCCAGUUACAGCUAUCCCUCUGCUAGCUACCCUCCUCAGACUGCGGUGGGGUCUGGGUAUAGCCCCGGUGGAGCGCCCCCUCCUCCUUCAGCAUACCUGCCUUCAGGAAUUCCUGCUCCUACCCCGCUGCCCCCCACUACCGUUCCUGGCUAUACCUACCAGGGUCAUGGUUUGACACCCAUCGCACCCUCUACUCUGGCCAACAGUUCGGCAAGUUCUCUCAAAAGAAAAGCUUUCUAUAUGGCAGGGCAAGGAGACAUGGACUCCAGUUACGGAAAUUACAGCUAUGGCCAACAGAGAUCGACACAGAGUCCUAUGUACCGAAUGCCCGACAACAGCAUUUCAAACACGAAUCGGGGGAAUGGCUUUGACAGAAAUGCUGAAGCAUCAUCCUUAGCAUUUAAGCCAACAAAGCAGCUGAUGUCCUCUGAACAGCAAAGGAAAUUCAGCAGUCAGUCCAGUAGGGCUCUGACCCCUCCUUCCUACAGUACUGCUAAAAAUUCAUUGGGAUCAAGAUCCAGUGAAUCCUUUGGGAAGUACACAUCGCCAGUCAUGAGUGAGCAUGGGGACGACCAUAGGCAGCUCCUGGCUCAUCCAAUGCAAGGUCCGGGACUCCGUGCAGCUACCUCAUCCAACCACUCCGUGGACGAGCAACUGAAGAACACUGACACGCACCUCAUUGACCUAGUCACCAAUGAGAUCAUCACCCAAGGACCUCCUGUGGACUGGAGUGACAUAGCUGGUCUUGACUUGGUGAAGGCUGUCAUUAAGGAGGAGGUUUUAUGGCCAGUGUUGAGGUCCGAUGCGUUCAGUGGACUGACAGCCUUACCUAGGAGCAUCCUGCUAUUUGGACCUCGGGGAACAGGCAAAACACUACUGGGCAGAUGCAUAGCUAGUCAGCUGGGGGCCACUUUUUUCAAAAUCGCUGGUUCUGGACUAGUUGCGAAGUGGUUAGGAGAAGCGGAGAAAAUUAUCCAUGCCUCUUUUCUUGUGGCCAGGUGUCGCCAGCCCUCGGUGAUUUUUGUUAGUGACAUUGACAUGCUUCUCUCCUCCCAAGUGAGUGAGGAACACAGUCCAGUCAGUCGGAUCAGAACCGAAUUUCUGAUGCAGCUGGACACUGUACUAACUUCGGCUGAGGACCAAAUCGUAGUAAUUUGUGCCACCAGUAAACCAGAAGAAAUAGAUGAAUCUCUUCGGAGGUACUUCAUGAAAAGACUUCUAAUCCCUCUUCCUGACAGCACAGGGAGGCACCAGAUAAUAGUACAACUGCUCUCACAGCACAAUUACUGUCUCAAUGACAAGGAGUUUGCACUGCUCGUCCAGCGUACAGAAGGCUUUUCUGGACUAGACGUGGCUCAUUUGUGUCAGGAAGCAGCAGUGGGCCCUCUCCAUGCUAUGCCAGCAACAGACCUUUCAGCCAUUAUGCCCAGCCAGUUGAGGCCCGUUACAUAUCAAGACUUUGAAAAUGCUUUUUGCAAGAUUCAGCCUAGCAUAACUCAAAAGGAGCUUGAUAUGUAUGUUGAAUGGAACAAAAUGUUUGGUUGCAGUCAGUGAUUCUGUCUUUAAAAAAAAAAAGUAAUGAAUGUUGGCACACACGUAAAACCUGCUACAUAGGGAAUAGAGCCCCUUUCCAGUAGAGUUUCAAUUGCAAAGGGUACUGGGGAAGACAAUGAUUGCGUUGCAUCUGUAGAGUCAGGGUAGCUUUGGAGGAAACAUGCAUCAGAUGAGAGCCUCUGAUUGGAAAGCCCCAGAUGACAGAAAGCGUAUGUAUGUGGAUGCUCAGAUCGGUUCAAGCUAGAAAACACUCACCGAGACGCAAGGUGCAAGUGUGUUUACUUCAGAGGGACAUGAACCUCGUGUGUUGAUUCCAUUCUGCUGUUGUCGAGAUUUAGUUGCUGUCAAGUGCCUGGAGUGGUGCUUUAUUUUUUUUGUUUGCCUCACAAUUACAUUGGUGGCAUGUGCUAAUAUAAAGAGCUUUAACUUCAAACAUUAUUGGACUAAAGAGAUGAACGGUUGUGUUACAACAGAAAACCAGAUUUUUGCCAUUUUAAGAGCAACAGUAUUCCUCAAUCCUGUCUGUUCUGCAGUGUUAAGCUAAGAACAGGUAAAACAGGGUAACGGUAAUCUGGACCUUAAUUUCUGCAGUUCAUUUCUUUUAAUGUUCUUGUCUGCAAAAACUCAGGAAAGUGAUUGUGAUUUGUACAGUACCUCAAAGGAAUGUGUUAAAAGCACUAUGUACUGCUGAGAGUAAUAGGCUAGGCUUCAAUGUUACUUUAUAUUAAAAUGUAUGUUUACCUCAACAAUUGGAGAAUAGCAAGGAAAAUUACUUUGAAUGUAUCCGGAAAAAUUACUGACGUGUGAUACAACUGAAUAUUUACAAUUUAAAGUAGAAAUGGAAGGAUUUCUUUUUUUUUUUAAGUUGUGUUAGGAAUUAUGGGGAAUUUAACCAGAGCAGAACAAUUACUAAAGAGUUCUUAAUACAUUGCUCUCCUUGAUGAUUAAAUGAAAUGUGGAUAAAAGUUACACUGGUUAAUUGAAAGCUAUGUAUUCAGUUUGUGUUGGUGUUUAGAGCAGUCAGCUGCAGACCUAUUUAGGACCCUAAAAGCGACAGAACCUAAAAAUUAUAACUGCCUUUUACUGCCGUGGUAGAGGUAGUGGUGGUGGUUUUAUUUUGGAAGCUCUCUCUCUUUAAACUGCUGGGAAUGGUGUCAUUCUAUUCACUACGAGUUCCUAGGUUUGCUGUGCUGUUUCACAGAAUGCAGAGGACAGAACCAAAUCAAACACACAAAUUAAAGAGGAAAAAAAAAAAACAGCAACCAACUCUAUGUUCCCACAGAGAACCUCAACAUGCCCCCUCUGCCUCCCCAAUCUGGACUUCACUCUUCACAGUGCACUUUUGCUUCUCAUCUCGAAACCCCGGCUGUAGUUCUCCCACGUUCAUUUCUACCUCGGUUUCAUUGCAUUUCUUUUGGAAAGUCAAGUGAAAAAUUAGACAUGGACAUGUCUACCGCAGUAGACCUUGCCAAAUGUGGGGGUUUCUUGUUGUGUGGUGUUGUGAAUUUUGUCCAUCUUUUUUUUUCUUUCUUCUUUUUUCUUUCUUUUUUUUUUUUUUUUUUGCCAUAAUCUAGUUUCCCAAGGCACUAGUCUUCAAUGCAUGCUUUCCCUGCUGGACACAACCGCAUGGCAUAUGUGGCAUUUUUCUCACCACCACCCCCAGCUUUGCUCCUACUUCCCACCAGGUUGUCCUUUGUCUCCUGUAAUGCGUGAUGUGCAGGUUUUCAUAGAAGGCUGGGCUGAUGUUUGCCAAGGCCUCUCCUAGUCAAAGUACAGGACAGGGCUUUCCUCAGCCACUGCCUGUGCCGAAAGCAGAGCAGCCUAGCAUUUUGAAUGUAUUUUCCUGGUUUUUGCCCCUACCUUUUUUUCGUUUGUUUGUUUUUUGUUUCGUUCUAAUUUAGAGAUGCAGUAACUGUUGCAAAGCACUGGCAUUUUGUGUAUUCAAUAAGCGAUGUACAUUUUAAGGUAUUUUAAAUAAACGCAAUGGCAGCCCCAUGAAAGGUCUUUCUGUUAUUUUUUCCCCUUCAAAAAGUUUUUUUUCCAAGCUCAUCUAUAAAUUAAUUCUCUGAAACACUUAACACAGAGAAAGUGAAUGAGAAACUCGUGGUAUUUCAAAAUUUUGUGAUGUCUAAUUAGCAAUCUCCCUCUUUGUUUUUCACAUUGCUAAAAUUGAGCAAAUAAACUAGAAUUUCAUGUCCUCUGGAAGUCUAUCAACUAACACUGUUCUUGAAUAUAAAUAUCCCAUAUUUGAAAAGCAGUGCCUUUCAUUAAGGAUACAAAAAUGAAAACAAUACUAAGAUACUUCCUCUGAUUUUCACAAAUGAAUUAAUGCUAUAGUCAUAUCCUGAAUCUACCCUGCGCACUUCCUAUGGUACCCAGGAGAUUCUAAUAUCCACUAACUCAUGGGUCCAUAUUGAUCUCACAAGUUUACUUUUCUACACAGCACUGUUCUAUCUUCUAUUUUUAGACUUCGUGUCCACCAAUAUGCUGUGUUCUUUAAAAAAAUCUGACAAGUUAUGACAAAUCCAAUCUUCUUUAGUCAACUUUCAAGAACCCAUUAUUAACCUAUGUUUUUUAGUGUGUGUUUUGCGAAAAUUGAUGCCAAAUAUAUGAGGUGACAAUUGUGUUUUGUUCUCACAAUGCUGAUAAUAAACAGAAGUUAUACAUGUUGGCUUUUAGCUUUAAAUGGCUUUAAGUUAGUUUGAGAUAGGAGUGGUCUGAGAUAUAUGUAUUUAGCAGAAGCUGAAGUUACAUGUAAUUUCCACUUAGCCUAGGCAGGUCUAGUACUGUCUGUUAGCAUACUUGGCAAGUUGAAGAGAUGAAAGUCUCACACUCUACUACAGUUUUUAAUUCUAUGUGACAUCCCUAUAAACGCUUCCAUGGACUAUCCGAAUCAGGACCUCUUUUCUGACCAUCCGUUUGAGAGUGUGGGGUAGGACAAGUUCCAGAUCUUCAGCAGUGAACAUGUACAUUGAAUCCUAGUACAACUGAGUAGCUGUGCCUCAUACUCUUGGCCUCCCAUUGACUGCUUAGAAUUGGAGGAGGUUCCUAAUGAGUGUAAGGUAAUGAGCCAGUCAAUUCAUCCCUGUCCAGGGUGGAGAUUCAACCAGCCUACUUUACAACCCUGAAUUCCCUUCUUCACAACUGUAAUAACAUUUCCAACAGGGAUGAAAAGGAAGAAGGGGAAACUACAUCAGUAGAAGGAUCAAUCGAAAUUUAAGAGAUAGUUCAUAGUGACUUUAUAUGAGACACGAGUGAAAAUGCUCUACACAGCCGGCUUGCUUCUCUCCAAAAUAUUGAGAACAUUAGUGACUACAUGGAGAACUUUGCUGACUAUGCUGGUCAAUGGAAUGUGAAGGCAGUAUACUUUAAGGCUAUUUACUUUCACACAGAAUGUUUAUCUAUUAGUCAGUUUGUAUUCUACUCAAAUGCAGAUAGACGGGUAUAAUGUUUUCUUGUGCAUUUGAAACCUAUCAAGGAGAAAAUAAACCAUUCCACUAAAAUACAUAGGCCAAACACCAUCUGGACAAGUGAUAAAAGCUAUCCAGAGGCUACAUUAAAUGCAAGGUCAAUUUACAUGGGUUGCCGAGUACUUGGCUAUGCAGUUUUCAAAAGAAUAUAUAAAAAAAAAAAGAAGAAAAAGAAGAAAUCCAAAUUAAUCCUCACAAUAGGUCAUUGUAAAUUUAAAUAUAUUUCUGAGUUGGAAAAGAUGUUUUAGAGGCAUUUCGGAUCUCUUUCUCUGAAAAUGUAUUCAACUUCAAGCAGAAAAACAUUUCUGUACCCCAACUCUUUCCUGUUUUUUACCAAGAACUGAGAAUCCUAAUUAUAAAUCCAUAUUGCAGAGUGGAAGGCACAUAGUUUAUUGAACUGUUGAGGCCACUAAAGUUCUAAUAUAUAUAAAUAUAAAUAUAAGUAUAAUUAGUGUGUGUGUGUGUGUAUGUGUGUGCUAUUUCUACCACCACCUAUUUGAACUUUAAAAUGAAUCAGUUUUUUUGCAUUCUCCAAAGGCAACUAGUUUCUUCGUUUUUCUUAUGUGCCAAAAUACACAUGACUACUUCAAAAUUCUCAUUUAAUGUGACUUUUAUCCUUAAGAAAAUAAAAACGUUCAGUUUUGAAUCAUCUGCCGAUUUAAUGAAGCAUAUUAGCAAACAUGGAACUGUUAGCAUUUCAGAAUUCACAACCAGCUGUACGUGUGACUAGCCAACACAUGAACUAAAACUCACAGUCUGCCAAGACCUUUGGUUGACAUUCGAUUUUGAACCUGCCAGAUGCAUUUGUGUGAACCAGGGAUACUGCAUCUUUAAUGAACAAGUCUCUCCUCUUUCCCCUGUUUUUAAAUACAACACAAGUGGUGUAGCACUAGGCACUGCAAUUGUCAAAGACAAUUAGAGUGAAAGCAGGAAAAUUUCACCUCCCUGUCUCAGUGAUAUGUAGAAUGUCGGCAGCAUGGGUCAGCCUUGCCACAGAGUGGUGUGAGAAGAUAUGAAUCAGUCCUAUAGAAUGUUAAAUAUUUAUAAAAUGGUUUUGUAGUGCACCAAGGUUGGGAGCACAUUCAUUCCUUCUUUUUGUCUUAUGAUACAAAAGGAAAAAAAAGCAAAAGUUUUUAUUUCUAGGCUUAUUCUCUCUCUCUCUCUCUGUCUCUCUCUCUCUCUCCCUCCCUCUCCCUCCCUCCCUCUCUCCC